UAGACCUGAACUUCCGCAUUGAGCAGGAAGAAGUCAACAGUCAAGAGAGACAGAUGCACAGAUCCACAUCCACACACCCUAAUCGACCCGUAUCUGACUGUUUCUUCUGGUGUUGAGCUUUAUUAGAGAAUAACACGUUGAGGUGGAACUGAUGUCCAUGAAGCUUGAAACUAACGGGUGAAACAAGGAUUAAAACAUUUGAAAAGAUGGAUGACAUUGACGCCAUGUUCAGUGAAAUGCUGGGGGAGAUGGACCUCCUCACACAGAGUCUUGGAGAGGACACAGUUCCUCCGGCGUCUCUCCCCAGCACCAACAAGGAAGUCAACUUAUCCAUCGGCUUCACUGACCUGAAUGAGUCCCUCAAUGAACUCGAGGACCACGAUCUGGAUGCGCUCAUGGCUGAUUUGAUGGCUGAUCUCAAUGCGACGGAAGAGAAACUUGCAGCUCAAAUAGAAGAUCUGAAGGAGCCAUCGCCGCCCCUGUCAGACCUGCCACCACCACCUCAGGGCCUGAGCACCCAUUCGGCCUCCUCCCUCGCUUCCCCGACGUCACCGGCGAGAAGCACCAGCAGCAACGUUAGCACCCCGGCCUCCACCUCCGCCUCCCCUUUACCACCUCCGCCCUCUCAGGCUUCUAAGCCCUCAAAGGAGGAAAUCGAGGCGCAGAUGAAAGCAGACAAAAUCAAGCUCGCUCUUGAGAAGCUCAAGGAAGCUAAAGUGAAAAAGUUGGUGGUGAAGGUGCUGAUGAAUGAUGGCAGCGCCAAGACUCUCAUGGUGGACGAGAGGCAGACUGUCAGGGAAGUCCUGGACAACAUGUUUGAGAAGACCCACUGUGACUGCAAUGUGGACUGGAGCCUGUGUGAGACCAACCCCGAGCUACAACUUGAACGGGCGUUUGAAGAUCACGAGAACCUGGUAGAGCCUCUCUCAGCAUGGACGAGGGACAGCGACAACAAAGUCCUGUUUCAGGAGCGGGGGGAAAAAUAUGAGGUGUUCAAAAACCCACAGAACUUUUAUCUAUGGAAGAAGGAGAAGAAAGCUCUGAAAGAGAUAAAAGACAAAGACAAGGAGUUGUUAAUACAGGAGAACUUCUGCGGGACUUCCAUUAUUGUGCCAGAUCUCGAGGGGGUUCUGCACCUCAAAGAAGACGGCAAGAAGUCCUGGAAACCCCGACUCUUCCAGCUGAGGGCCUCGGGAAUUUAUUACGUGCCCAAAGGGAAAACCAAGUCAUCCCGUGACCUCGUCUGCUUUGUCCAGUUUGACAACUUGAAUAUCUACUAUGGCAAAGACUUUAAGAGCAAAUACAAAGCCCCAACCGACUUCUGCUUUCUUCUGAAGCAUCCUCAGAUCCAAAAAGAGUCUCAGUACAUCAAGUACCUCUGCUGCGAUGAGGCUUGGUCCAUGAACCUUUGGGUAACAGGAAUACGGAUUGCAAAGUACGGUGCGUCGCUGUAUGAAAACUAUAAAACCGCAGAAAGGAAGGCCGCCGUCAGCUCCGUGUGGACAAACCGCAGCACUCCAUCGAGCUCCAAUCCAUCAACGCCUUCACCCACCAUCAAAGCCAAAUCGCCAAACCAGGCCAAUGGUCAUGCGCCCAAGCCCCAAACAGGACCUGUUUCUGAGGACUUUGGACAUGUCCCACCUCCACCUCCACCUCCACCUCCACCAUUGGCAGAGAUGCUUCCUCCACCACCCCCAGACCCACUCCUCCCUCCUCCACCACCUCCUUUGGCUGGCAAGAAAUCUACAAAACCUGCCCUCCCUCAGCGACAACUGCCAACCAACUUCCCUCAGCCUCCACCUGCAAUGGACAACCUCCCUCCUCCACCACCGCCCCCAUCCAACGACGAGGCCCCGCCAGACUUCCUUCCACCCCCUCCUCCAGCUGCUGGCUUUGGUUCACUGCUUCCUCCUCCGCCACCGAUGAACUCCCUUCCACUACCGCCUCCCCCAGUGAGUUUUGGGGGUAUGGACCAGUCUCUGCCUCCACCACCACCAGAUCCAGGGUUUUUACCUCCGCCUCCACCAAUGUUUACAGGGGCCGGAGGGCCACCUCCGCCACCUCCUGCUUCCCCAAGAGCAGCUGUACGGCCUCCUGGCUCGGUGAGAAAGAUGCCUCCUGCUCCGCCAAAGAGGUCUACACCAUCGCGAGGUGGAGGUGGAGGAGGAGGAGGAGGAGGAGGAGGGGACUUUAUGUCAGAAUUGGCGCUGGCCAUGAACAAGAAGCGUGGUGAUCAUUAACCUAGUUAUAAAAAAUAGCUUGACUCAACCACUCCUUACAUCAAUAACAGUACCGAACAUCUCCGACAUGAAGCCAGUGGAGAUCGAUACAGACUUAAUCUUUUCCAGUGAACAGAUGGCUCUCCAUCCAUCCUUUUUCUUUACUGCUUAUCCAAGACAUAAUCUUGCAUGAAUUUAAGUGAAAGGGUAAUUAUUUUCAAGACCAAACUGUUUGUUUUGUACAGUGUUGUGGAGAAGAAAACACAAAAAGUAUAAUGCGGUCCUUAUGGUUCAGAGACAUUUUUAUUGAAUUGUACAUAUUUGUGUUUGCAUGGAAGGCUGUAAAUAAUAUAAACAAAAUUGCCAUAUACAGAGUACCCGAUUAGUUUAGAAAUUACUAACAAACUAAAUAAAACUGUCAUAA